UAAGCGGAUACGGAAGUGCGCUCUCAUCCAAUCAAUUCCUCCUUGCCCAGCGUUCCAUUUACCGCCAACUUCGAAAAUAAUGGCGCAGAGAAGAAAUUACCGUCAAGAACCCUUAGUUACCGAUGCUACGUUUACCUUUACCACCAAUAAGGAUGACUACGAAGACACAGUGGUAACCGAAAACGAUUCUAAACAGGCAGAGGAUGACAAUGGUCCGCCCGUAGUUUUUCUUUGUGGGAAUUGUAGGCUUCCCGUCGGUGACUCGCUCGCCUGGGCAGGGACUGAUGAAGAGGGUCAAAUACUACUGCACCGUGUCAGUGACAAUGUUUCGGUUGGCAAAGAAACCCACAUCUCUGGCAGCGGUGAUGAAUUAGUCUGCCUGGUUGUCAAUUUGACCUGUCAAGGGUGUUGUUCCUUACUUGGCAUGGUGUACACAUCAACACCCAAGAAACUGGACUACAAAAGAUGCCUGUUCUAUCUCAAUGUCACCGCCAUUGAAAGCUACGUACUGGGCUCUUCUGACCAACAGGUGGCAGUAUUGGACUCGUCUGAAAAGCCGGUCACAUUAGAAUUCAAACAAGCUGUGGAGCGGCAACUGAUAGAGAUGAAGGACUUGACGGUGAGCAUGGCCCAGAGGCUGGUGCAGAUCGAGGCUGAGCUGUUCAGUAAGAAGGACGAUGUGAUGUGAUGAGAGGAGGUGGAGGACGGGCGAAGACUGGAAGAUUCUAAACACACACACACACUGUCCCCCCCCAUACACACACACACACACUGUGUCCUCCACCAUAUACACACACAAGGGCGUCUUGCACUGCUUUACCCCCAAUUAAUGCAUGGCAUUCCUUCACUUUCACUCUACGCCUCUCCUCCCCGACCUCUCUCUACUCCCCCUCCCUGACCCCCCCUCUCUCUCUCUCUA